AUGCAGCUCCUCUCCGUUUUUUCGACUUUGGCUUUCGUGUCUUCGGUCAUCGCAGCUGACCGGGGCCACUACACCGUUGCUGGGAUCGGAGCUCGCAAGCAGGAGAUCGUGAAUGCCGGUGGCAACACUCGUGACUUGGCUAUUUCGAUGCUGGAGACCGACACCAUGACCACCGAUUACACUUACGGUGAUGGAAAGUCCGGUGAUGGCACCAACUUCGGCAUUUUCAAGCAGAAUUGGUACAUUCUGAGAAACUCUGCAUCUCAAUUCAUGGGCAGUACCGUCGACCAGGUUUCUGAUGGUGCUAUUCUCAAUAAGGAUCUGAAGAUGGACAUCCAAGCUCGUCACGAGGGCGAGGAGAAGUACGGAUAUGAGACCUGGUUCAGUGGCCACCGCAAUGGAGAAUCAGGCAUCGACAACCCGGGUACCCAGGACAUCAAGAACUACAUGGACGGUGUCGCAUGGAUUCAGGAGCAGCUUGAGAGUGAUGAGAAGUACCAGAGCGACGAUACUCGCUUCUACGUUAGUGUUGUGGCCAUCUAG